GCGCCUUAGCAAAGUACGCUUUCUGCUGUUGGAGCACGCCUGCGUUGGCUUUCUUGGUGCGCUGCAGCGAGCCGCCUGUCCAGUUCAUGUGUAUAGCAUAUCGGCACUGUUCUAUAACUGCACGGGUUGAAGGAGAAUCAUGCGAGAAGAGGUAAUUGGAAGGCAGUGGAUGCUGAUCGAAGCUGCGGCAUGCGCUUGCCUGCUGAAUAUGGGCAGCUCCUUCCCCAGCUACGUCUCUUUCCUCUCCGUCCGACCAAGCCCUAAGGUUGGAACACAACUGCAGCACUCCACACCUCGUAUUGUGCACCCGACCCUCCACAGCGCUGGCUGACCCAUCUUCCUCGGUUACUACUCAACGAGCGUCCUCCACGACUCAUGCUCGGAUCUGUCUUGCCGGCGGAAAAACAAGAACAGAUGAAAGGGUCCAAAUCGUUUGAUCGAUCAGCGCCUCCAUCACUUCCCUCCGCAAGAAUAGUGGAGCGCCGGAGAGGUACCGAGACCCUGCGACGGGAUCCCCGUGGGUGUGGGAAAUCUUUAACAAUCAUGGCCAUAGGGUGUGGGGACGGUCACUUGAAGGAUGCAUCGCGUUGCUACACCAUAAUCCACGAAUAUAGCAGGAUAUGCGAAGUCCAUGAGCUCUGUAGGACCGAUUUUAGAGCUAUCCACAACUCAAACUUUGGGGUCACACCUGGGGAAAUCGUGGAGACGUGGAGAAGAAUGGGGUUGACAACCACAACCCCAUACCAGAUCCACCACCGUUCCCAACCAUACUCCAUUUAUCCGUCUCUUCAAUUCCAAGCCUAAACGCCGGUCGCAAUAAGUGUGCUCCGUACAUGGCGCUGUCUUCUCGGCAGCUGCAUCAGAUCAUUGCUUCUUGCAGCGUGGAGUCCGGUCCUGAACGGGUCCU